AUGCCGCCCGCGUCCCGCCUGAGGCGAUGCCCUCCGGCACCGGCGAUGGCCCGGCGCUGGCGAGGGGAAAGGGAGGCGGGGGCGCGGAGUCAGCUUCGGGCCCGACGGGGGAGGGGGAGCGGGCUGUGCCCACACCGUGCUGCCUCCCCCUCCGCCGGCCGCAGCCCACCCGGGUCCCGGCGGGCGGGCACCUCCGGACACAAUAGGCACCGGGCGGACCGCGGCCCCUCUCCCCGCCACGGCUCCCGCCCGACCCGCAGCCCAGGGCGGCGGCGGCAGCAGCAUCAUCCUCACUCACCCCUCCGAGGAGGCUCGCGCGCCGGGGAGGGGCCGUCGCUAGCGGGUGCUCAGCGGGCCGGCAUCCCGCGGGAUGCGGGAGCGAGGGCGGAGCGCUCGGUGUCCCUCUGGCAACGGCCCCGGCGUUAUUCCCUGCACAUAGCGGCGGCUAACGGCACCGCGGCACCGCGCCGCACUGCGCACGCGCCGGGGCCCGGCGGCGGCGGGGCCGCGUGCGCCUGCGCCGCCCGCAGACAAUAG